CCGGACGCGGUGCCCGCCCGUCUGCCGUGUUGUUGUGUUGUGGGCGCGCGCGGUUGGCCGCCUCAUGCGUCGCCACGCCUACCUUCCCCCAAUUUCCCUCUCCGUUAGGCCGCCGUGUUCGUCGCGUCGGCUACCUACCCCCCGAACCCGAACUCAGGCAAGCCAAGCUCAUCUCCUCCUCGCUCGCUCCUCGCCCCUCGCCCCAACCCCUAAUGGCGGCGCAGGGGAUCGUGGAGUCGGUGCAGGCCUACACGGGCCUCUCCCCGGCGGCGGCCGUCACCAUCCUGGCCCUCAUGCUCGCCACCUACCUCCUCGUGUCCUCCCUCUUCGUCGCCCCCGACGCCGCCCCCCCGGCGCCGGCAGCGCCCCGCGAUCCACCGCCUAAGCAGCGGAAGGAGGAGCAACAGAAGCAGCAGGAGGAGGCGGGGGAGGAGCCGGGGGCGUUCGUGCCUUAUCCGGACCCCGUGCAGGUGGGCGAGAUCACGCUCGAGCAGCUCGCGGCCUACGACGGCAAGGACCCCGCUAAGCCGAUCCUCAUCGCCAUCCGCGGCCAGGUCUACGACGUCUCGCGCGGGAGGCUCUUUUAUGGUCCUCAAGGACCAUAUUCCUUGUUUGCCGGGAGGGAUGCAACUCGGGCCCUUGCAUUGAUGUCGUUUGACCCUAUUGACCUCACUGGAGAUUUGGAAGGCCUUGGUCCAGACGAGCUAGAGGUCUUGCAAGAUUGGGAAGAUAAAUUUAAAGAGCGGUACCCUACGGUGGGUCACCUUGCUUCAGAAAAUGCAACAGAUGGUAACCACAGUGGCGCAGCUUGAUCACGAGGAAGGAAUGCCUGACUCCACCGGUUUGUCAGUUUCUCCAUUUUUUACUGGAUUGCAAGCGGGUAGAUCUGAUCAUCUGAUGCUCUGAUAGGUUCUGUUGCCUGUGUGCGGUGUGUCGUGCGUGACUAAUGUACCAGCCUUCCCCGUCUGCUUUAUUUUGGUGUGCGGUGGAUGAGGAAAUUUUGACUAAAAACUUGAACUGUGACUGUUGAUUGCUCACAUGAUGUGUGUAUAUAUAUGCUUUCAGAUUUA